UCCCUCCCUCCCUUUCUCGCUCUCUUGGUAGACUAGUGAAGUCAUCUCUCCUCAUCUGCUCCUUUUAAGCCGGCAUUUUUGAGAGGGAGGUCCCUGCGAAGCAUAUACAAACACUCAGUCAAGCAUCCAUACUCAACCCCACACGCUGCACUAGUAGCCAGCAGAAAACUGACCUAUUCCUUCACACAGAAAAGGAAGUUGAAGUGGCCUGACAUCAAGAUGGCAACAAAGGGAGUCGGCAUGGCUAACAAGGGUCCAUCCUUCGGCUUGAGCCGGGCGGUUCAGGAUAAGAUCGACAGCAAGUACGACCCUGAGCUGGAGCAGAUCCUUGUGGAGUGGAUCAGCCGUCAGUGUGGCUCCGGUGUGGGAAAGCCAGAGGCAGGCAAAAUGGGCUUCCAGGCCUGGCUGAAAGACGGAUGUGUUCUGAGCGAACUGAUUAACAGUCUGUUCACCGGAGAGAAACCCGUGAAGAAGAUCCAGAGCUCAUCCAUGGCCUUCAAACAGAUGGAGCAGAUCUCCCAGUUUCUCAACGCUGCUGAGAAGUACGGCGUCACCAAGACUGACAUGUUCCAGACUGUGGACUUGUGGGAAGCUAAGGACCUGGCGGCAGUGCAGAGGACCCUGUCAGCUCUGGGCAGCUUGGCCGUCACUAAGGAUGAAGGCACAUACAAUGGAGACCCUAACUGGUUCUUCAAGAAAUCUCAGGAGAACAAGCGAGACUUCAGCGAAGACCAGCUGAAGGCUGGCAAAAAUGUAAUUGGCCUACAGAUGGGGACCAAUAAGGGAGCCAGUCAGGAGGGCAUGAGCUAUGGAAGAGCUCGACAGAUCCUGUAAAAUCACUGAAUCACAGAUACCCAAAACCUCUUCAGCCCCUUACACCUUCUUAGAGCCUGUUAGCGCCUAAGAGGUCCACUACCACUCCUCUUUCAUUGUAAAACAUGUUCUGCUUCAGAAAUGUGCUUCUUUCUAACAAGUACCCCCUACUUCCUGGUCUUUGAACGUGCCCUGAGCCCCUUACAUAUACUUGCACUGGUGAUCAUCACAGAGCUCACCAUGCUUAGACCCUACCACUGCAGUCAGGACCAGUACAACUGAGCGUUUGUAGCGGAAAAUAGUAACCUUAAAAAUGACCAAUUCAAUGCCUUGGAGGUAAAAACAACAAGAUGAUGUGCCAAAAGUUGAUCUGUUCCUACCUAAUAUGAAAAAACACUGCUUUUACAAAUAUUUGACCACUGUCUCAUCUCUGAUACAUAACACAUGUCUGAAUUAUGCCACUGUUUUAUUAGAUUUUUUGAAAUAUUGGUUCUGGAUUCUAACACAAAUACCUUAUUUCCAAAUUGAGUGGUGAUACAACCCAUGUCGGACCAGUACAUCAGUGCAUUUACAGUAUGUUUCUUGUUUAUUGUUCCUACCUACCACUUCCCACAAUACUAUGCCUGAUGUAUCAGUGCCAAUAUUUUUGUACAUUGUCUUAUUAAAUAAUGACUUUGAAAUACA